AGCUCCUGCUGUCGGUCUGUAAACCGCCGUAAAACUUUAAAGAAGAAGAAGCUCCGCACUGUUACUAUAGAGAACCGUGAGCCUGAAAACUGCAGAAAGGAAUGUACCCGUACUGACGAGAAAAGAAACCCGUCCCUGGAGUGCUCUCACCGCUGAGCCACCACUGAUUUUAAAUAAUUAAAUCAUCUGAUCUUUAAUCCACUUCCACAAAAAUAACACCGGACUCAGAUUAGGAGAUAUGGAUCAUGAGAACACGGAGUCUCAAACCUCCAGUACUGAAAAACCCGUCAACAUGUCCAACAGAGAAAAACCUCACUGCUGUUCAGACUGUGGAAAGAGUUUUAUUCAAAAGAGUUCUCUCAAAGUUCACCAGCGCAUUCACACUGGAGAGAAACCGUAUCACUGUUCAGACUGCAGUAAGAGCUUUGGUCAUCUUAGUCAUUUUAAAUCCCACCGGCGAAUUCACACUGGAGAGAAACCCUACAAGUGCUCGGAGUGCGGGAAGAGGUUUAAUGAACGGGGUUAUUUCCGAGCGCACCAGCGCGUUCACACCGGAGAGAGACCGUUUCCCUGUUUAGACUGUGGGAAGAGUUUUACUCAGCAGGCUAAUCUCCAAAAACACCAGCGGAUUCACACCGGAGAGAAACCGUAUCAGUGUUCAGACUGUGGGAAGAGCUUCACUCAGCAGGGGAAUCUCACGAUGCACCAGAGAGUUCACACCGGAGAGAAACCGUACGAGUGCUCAGAGUGCGGGAAGAGCUUCACCUUCCAGACGGCUCUCCGGCGGCACCAGCGACUUCACUUAGUAGUGAUCAAGUGUUAAAAAAGCUCAGAGCACAAUCAUUCACACGCUGCAUUAAAGGCUACGUUCACAUUACCAGGCUGAAGUGACUCAAAUCUGAUUUUUUCAUGGCUGUGUGAAUGUUCCAAAUCCAAAUAUUUUUUAUAUCAGAUUUGAGUCACUUUCAUAUGUGGUCCAAAAUCUAUCAAUCAGCUGAGCAUCCUCCAAAUUCACCAGCGCAUUCACACCGGAGAGAAACCGUAUCACUCUUCAAAUCUUUGCGGAUCAGUACUGAUGAAAUGGGCACUCAUAAAGUCCUGAUGCUAUGAAUCAUGUGACUUUUGUUGGGAUUGAGGAUCUUUUUAUUUCUCUUUGUUAAAAACACCAGUUGUAAAGUUUUGUUGGGUUUUACCUCAGUACCAUGAGCCUGUGCACCCAGAAAUGUUUUUUUUAUUUGUGAAUCUAAUUAUAUAU